AUGGCGUCCCAAUCAUCUACAGGUAAGUAUUUAACUGUAGAUGUUCAUUACAGUGGAGUAUUUGCCCGAAAUCCAUUGAAAUACUUAGACCUCGAAAAGAUAACAGUGCGUGAUGUCGAUUUUGGAGGAUUUACGUACAAAGAGUUUCUUUUGUGGCUUAGGAAUUUAACCAAUGGAAGUUGUGAUAAUGUGUACUACUGUAGUAGAAAUGAAACCUUGGGUGAGGCUGAGUUGGAUGUCUACAUUGACCACCAAAAUGAUCCAAUCCUUGAUUGGGCUGAAAAUGAGGUGUUAUCAGAUGGUAAUUGGUAUGAAUUGGAUGACAACGAAGAAGAGGAUGAAAAUGAAGAAGAGGAUCACAAGGAAGAAGAGGAUGAUAGUGAUGAAGAAGAUAACUUGGAUGAUAUUAUGGCAUAUGAGCAUGAAGUUGAUGAAGAAGUCCAUACCUUUAACAAAACUGUUGGUGAUGAUUUUUUAAACAAACUUUCAGGUAAGCUUAGUGAUGAUGAUCAACCUAAUGAUGGAAAAGAUGAUAAGGUUGUAUGCCCUGUCCAUGAUGAGAAUCAAGAAUGGGAUAAGAUGGUGCCAAUUCUAGGUUACUGGUGA